AUUUACACAAAAAUUUGUUCUGCUUCAUGAAUAAGACCUAUUGUACGGAAAAGCAGUAGCAUGAUUUUUAUUCUUUAGUGGUAUAAAGAAGUUGCCACUAGAGAAGAUUUUCUGCUACAACCACUGCUAGAGAUCUAAUUGGUAAUUUGUUACUGACAGAUAUUCAUCCAUGGUUAGAUUUUUCCAUUAUUGUAACAUUAACAUUGGGGGAUGCUGUCUAAAGAUUUUACUUAGAACCCUAAAAAAUACCUAUAUACCUGUGCAGAAAAAUGAUGUGCAAUCGAUUCUUCCUGCCUAAUCUGUCUUUUUCAUAGAUGUUCCAGUAAUGAAAUGAUAGUCUCCGGAAAUAAAGGAGGUUGGUAAUUAAUGGCAAAGAUGAGGUUACGUGUACCCAAAUGGUUUGAUGUUUGAGGUUCAUGGGUCAAAUGUGUGACUCACCAUUAUGUGACGUUAAAUGGUGGAUGGAACAACUGUGGGGACAGACAGCUGAUUGUUUACAUUGCCUUGAAAGGAGUUGCAAGGACUUAACCUGUGUCGUCUAAACCAUUUUAUCAUUUAAUGCAUUUUGAAUUAAUUUAUGUAAGUGCACAGAGACAAUAUAAAUGGUCGUGAUGGUCCUCCUGUAGUCCUGUUAAAGAGUUGAACACAAUACACGUUUGUCUCAAGUCUCAAAGCGGUCCUGGCUCUUAACACAAUGGUUAAAGAUCGGAUCUUUCUACUAUCUGUUACAUGCUCCAUCUUAAUGUUGCUAGUUAGCUGUGAUGAUGUUUUGGAGAUCCGCUCGCCUGAAGAUGACAUGAAGGCUCAAGAGGAAAAAGAACUGAUUGAAGCUUUGCAGGAGGUUCUUGAAAAACUGAGAAACAAACAUAUUCCCACUGCAGAGAAGAAGUUUGGUUGGGUUCCCUCAUGCGAUGCAGGUGAGCAGUGUGCGGUGCGGAAAGGCGCACGCUAUGGGAAGCUGUGCAGCUGUCCAGGCGGAACCACCUGCAGCUUCUCCAUCCUCAAAUGUUUGUAAAGCAUGGGUCACAGUUCAGCAUUUUAUCGCAGAUGAUUGUAAAGCUAUUCUUUAUUUCCCUUCACUGUUGUAAUAUUUUAUCAUCAGACAUAUAAAAUAAAGGCAUGCAUUUUUGUAAAUGUCUCUGCAAUUUUAUACGAGCUUGCGAUGGAGACAAAAAGUGUUGCACACAAUGCAUGACAGUGAGUUAAUAAGACGUCAGAAGCAAAAAACAUGUGGGUGGGUAUAAAGAAUUUGCUGAAAUAGAUGCCACUGUCCUGUAUUCUGGUGUCUUUUAAUUAAACCUCAAGAGAUCCUUGGGACAUUUUGUGCCAUUUUGAUUUUUAAACCACCUUGACUGUGAUGAUUGGAUAUUGAUACAUUUUUUAAUUUUGGUUUCAGUUUUUUUUUUAUUAGCUUAAAAUGGCUAAGCUACGCAAAAACCGACAAAAAGGGACAAAAAAAUGCUCCAUUGAAAACCAUAGCUACCAUUUUUGACCCCCCAUUUAUCUUAACAUAAACUAAUGCAUACCUUUAUGUCAAUAUAUCAUUUUGAACUACUGGCUUUCAAGUUUUGAUUUUUAUACUUGUCCACCAGGUGGCACUAAUUUUAACCAUUUCGCAUCUUUUGCUGUUUUCUGCAGGCUGCACUGCUACUGAAAUGAUAAACCUUUAUGCUGAAAAAUAGUG